CAAAACAAAAUCCGAGAAGGUUUAGGAUAGCCCGGGUCUAGCUUGAAACAAACCCUAAAAAGAACUCAACUCUGCGCUUUGCUCUCUCAACUUCUCGGCCAGAGAGAGCGGCACUUUCUUCCUGUUUAGCCUCCCUCUCUCUCUCUCUCUCUCCAUACAAACGCACGCGCGCGCGCGCACACGAUUUUCUGCUGAUCGCUCGAAAUUUUGCUUGGAGAUGGCGACUUAUGCCAAACCGGAGAACGCUUUAAAGCGAGCGGAAGAAUUGAUAAAUGUGGGGCAGAAGCAAGAUGCUUUGCAAGCUCUGCAUGAUCUGAUAACUUCUAAGAGAUAUCGAGCAUGGCAAAAGCCAUUGGAAAAAAUUAUGUUCAAAUAUGUUGAGCUAUGUGUUGAUAUGCGAAGGGGAAGAUUUGCAAAGGAUGGUUUGAUACAGUACCGUAUAGUCUGCCAACAAGUAAAUGUGAAUUCUUUGGAGGAGGUGAUUAAGCAUUUCAUGCAUCUCUCCACUGAGAAAGCUGAACAAGCACGAAGUCAGGCACAAGCUUUAGAAGAUGCUCUUGAUGUUGAUGACCUUGAAGCAGAUAAGAGGCCAGAAGAUCUGAUGCUUAGUUAUGUCAGUGGAGAGAAAGGAAAGGAUAGAUCUGAUCGUGAACUUGUUACCCCUUGGUUCAAGUUUUUGUGGGAGACAUAUAGAACGGUGCUUGAGAUCUUACGAAACAACUCAAAGUUGGAGGCACUAUAUGCGAUGACAGCACAUCGAGCUUUCCAAUUCUGCAAACAGUACAAAAGGACAACUGAAUUUAGAAGGCUAUGUGAGAUUAUCAGGAACCAUUUAGCAAACCUCAACAAAUAUAGAGAUCAAAGGGACCGGCCUGAUCUGUCAGCCCCAGAGAGCUUGCAGCUGUACCUUGAUACCCGAUUUGAGCAACUAAAAAUUGCUACUGAGCUUGAACUCUGGCAGGAAGCUUUUCGGUCCAUUGAGGAUAUCCAUGGAUUAAUGUGCAUGGUCAAAAAGACUCCUAAGCCAUCUUUGAUGGUGGUUUACUAUGCGAAGCUAACUGAGAUUUUCUGGAUUUCAUCGAGUCAUCUUUAUCAUGCUUAUGCAUGGUUCAAACUUUUUACACUUCAGAAAAGCUUCAAUAAAAACCUAAGCCAGAAGGAUUUACAGUUGAUAGCUUCUUCUGUUGUGUUGGCUGCUCUGGCAGUGGCUCCCUAUGACCACACACGAAGUGCAUCACACCUGGAACUUGAAAAUGAAAAAGAGCGCAACUUGAGAAUGGCUAAUCUCAUUGGAUUCAAUCUAGACCCUAAACCUGAGAGUAGAGAAGCGCUUUCAAGGCCAUCCCUUCUGUCAGAACUGAUUUCCAAGGGGGUAUUGAGCUGUGCUACACAGGAAGUGAAAGAUCUUUAUCAUCUUCUGGAGAAUGAGUUUCUCCCCCUAGAUCUUGCAGCAAAGGUACAGCCACUGUUAUCCAAGAUCUCAAAACUUGGGGGAAAAAUUGCUUCAGCUUCUUCUGUGCCAGAAGUGCAACUGUCUCAAUAUGUUCCUGCCCUUGAAAAGCUUGCUACUUUAAGGCUGCUUCAGCAGGUGUCACAGGUGUAUCAGAUGAUGAAAAUUGAGAGUUUAUCUCAGAUGAUCCCCUUUCUUGACUUUUCUGUUGUCGAGAAAAUUUCUGUUGAUGCUGUGAAACAUAAUUUCUUAGCUAUGAAAGUUGAACAUACAAAGGGCGUCAUAUUGUUUAAUAAUUUGGGUCUUGAAUCUGAUGGACUGCGAGACCAUCUUGCAAUUUUUGCGGAAUCCUUAAAUAAAGUGAGGGCCUUGAUAUAUCCUCCAGCAAAGAAAUCUUCAAAACUAGGUGAGAUUUUACCUGGAUUGGGGGAGAUUGUGGAUAAGGAACAUAAAAGACUGCUUGCUCGGAAAUCAAUUAUUGAAAAGAGGAAGGAAGAACAAGAACGUCAACUUUUGGAAAUGGAACGAGAAGAGGAGACAAGAAGGCUGCAGCUACAGAAGAAAAGAGAGGAGGCUGAGCAGAAGAGGCUUGCAGCUGAGAUUGAGCAACGAAAGAACCAAAGGAUCCUCCAGGAAAUAGAGCAGCGAGAACUUGAAGAAGCACAGGCUUUGCUUGAGGAUGUUGACAAGCGAAGUAAAAGGAAGGGGGGAAAAAAGCCGAUCUUAGAAGGAGAGAAAGUGACGAAACAAACUAUAAUGGAAAGGGCUUUGAGCGAGCAGCUCAGGGAGAGGCAGGAAAUGGAGAAGAAAUUACAAAAACUAGCUAAAACGAUGGAUUAUUUGGAAAGAGCAAAGAGAGAGGAGGCAGCACCAUUGAUUGAGGCUGCUUUCCAACGACGCCUGGUGGAAGAGAAGGCUCUUAAUGAACAUGAGCAGCAGCUAGAGAUUGAACUUAGCAGGCAGCGCCAUGACGGUGACCUCAGGGAGAAGAAUAGGUUGUCUCGGAUGCUGGAAAACAAAAUGAUAUUCCAGGAAAGAGUAAUGAGCCGCCGACAAGCUGAGUUUGACCGGCUGAGAACAGAGAGAGAAGAAAGAAUCAAUCAAAUUAUUCAGGCCCGAAAACAAGAAAGGGAAGCUAAUAGGAAGAAAAUAUUCUAUGUGAGGACUGAAGAGGAAAGGCUGAGGAAGUUGCGUGAAGAGGAGGAAGCUCGCAAGCGAGAAGAGGCUGAGAGACGACGGAAAGAAGAAGCUGAACGCAAGGCAAAGCUGGAUGAGAUUGCUGCAAAGCAGAGACAGAGAGAACUAGAACUUGAAGAAAAGAAGGAAAGGCAAAGGCGGGAAGCUCUCUUGGGAAGAUCAACUGAUGGGCCUACUAGACCUUCUGAGCUUGCUGCUGGGUCCCGUCAAGAACCUGGAGCUGCUGCUCCAGCUGCUGCAGCUGCAGCUGCUACUCCAGCUGCUUCUGCUCCUGCUGCAGCUGCUCCAACCCCUGGGAAGUAUGUGCCUAGGUUCCGAAGGGAUAGAGAAAGCACUGGCCAGGCUCCUCCAGAUUCUGAGAAGUGGGGUGGUGGCAGCAGCAGGCAGGCUCCUUCUGAGCCGGAACGGUGGAGUGGUGGCGUAAGGCAGCCACCUUCAGAUUCAGAACGGUGGGGCAGCGGUAGCUCCAGGCAAGCUCCUCCCUCAGACUCUGAUCGAUGGGGCAGUGGUCCAAGACCUGAGGAUCGCAACCCACCUGGUGAUAGGUGGCGCGGCAGCAGUUCAAAGACCUCUUGGUCAUCAUCUAGACGCGGAUAAUCAUUGGAGCUUCUGAAUAUAAUUUGCCAAACAGGUGAUGGCUUUUUUGGUAAACCGAGUUGAAAUUUCUCUAGGAAACCCCAAUGAAUAAUCAUUGUUUCAAUUUUGAGACCUGCAGUUAGAAUGGUUUCCUUUCCUUUUCCCCUUCUAGUAUUGUGAGUUUGAUUAACUUUAUUUGUAAUUUGGAGUUCUUUUAACCUGGAGUUAUUUAUUCCUUUGUACUUAAAGAGUAAUAUGUUUUCUCGGAUACACUUUGCAAUGCUGUGUGUUACGCUUCCCUCCCAUAUUAUUUGAAUUUUUCCAGUGCAGAGUCGGUUCGUUCCUGGUUA